UGGAAAACGGCUAGCUCCGUUCAGGACGCGGAACAUUGGGACCGUUUUGCCUGAAUUGAUCCCCAGUUUUUCAAGGGCUGGGAACGGGUCUAAUACGUUACAGCUGGGUAUGACAAUGGUACAGCGUGGUACUCAACGUGGUACGCCAGCAGGAGCUACAUAACCACCCCAGCCACACCAGGCACCAAAAUUACUUGCUCCACUUCCUCAGCAAAAAGAGCUAAUCCUGCGGAGAGGUAGUCCAGCUGAGAGCUAAUUUACCACACCGAUCGCUUCCGAGUUGCUCCUGGACGCUGCGAUUCGUCUGUGUUGUUAUUUGGACUGAAAACGCGUCGGAUCAGGAGGAAGUAAGCUCUGCAGUGAUUGGAUGAGAAUCGAGGAGGUCGUUGAGUUAGCAACUUACGGAUUGUUGAGUCGGCUUCAGCGAUCAAUGGAUCAGCAUCCACGGUCUCGUUGAAUUGGCAUCCUAGUUGUGAUUGUAAAAUUAGCAUCUCAGCAUGUCGCUUCAGUGAUCCAUUGGAUUAGCAUCGACGCUAGCUCCCAGUGAUCAUCAGCGUCUUAGUGAUCAUUAAAUCAAUCUCCCAGUGACCGUAAAAUUAGGUUGUCAAAUUAGCUUUUCAGCAUGCUCAGCGGGGGGGGUCAUCAUGCGGCCGGUAGCAGCGUGUCGCAUCUUGUGGAUAAGGCGUGCAGCGAGUAUCUGGCGGAUCCUGAUUGGACCACCAACCUCCAGCUCUGCGACCUCCUCAAUGCAUCGCCUUCCAAGGCGGGAGACGCCAUGCGAGCCAUUCACAAGAAGGUCACCUCGCGCCACGCACAAGUGCAGCUCUCCGCCCUCACUCUGCUGGAGACUGUGAUGAAGAACUGUGGGGGGGUGGUGCAUUCUCAGGCGGUGGAGAAAGGAGUGCUUGCUGACGUGGCCAAGAUCGCAAGGAAAGGAGGGGCUAGUCCAGCAGCGACAGCAAGAGCACGAGGGCUCAUCCAGGAAUGGGCGGACGUUUUUCCCCCUGGCCCGACUUGCCGGCACACGGAAUACUUCCUCACCUACGACGAGCUCAAGAGAAAUGGCAUACCUUUCCCACCCCGCCCCUCCUCCCAUCCCCAUCAUUCCCACUCCAUCCCCAUGCCGUCUCCUGAGUAUGCAGCAGCCAGUCACGGCGUGCCACCUGGCGUGCUCCCCCCGCACUUGCAGCAUCCCUCCCAGUCCACCCCUCCUCAGCUCUACAACUCGCCCACGUAUGGCAGCCCCAUGGGGGGAGCUGCUUAUAACGGAUCUCCUGCUUAUAGCGGAGCUGCUUACAAUGGAGCGCGCUCUCCUCUUGCUGCUGGUGGCAGGUCGUUGCCGCAGCAGCCACAGCCCCCUCCCUUGCAGUACCAGCAACCGCAGCAGCAGCAGCAGCAGCAGCAACAGGGUGGGAGUGGAUCCCAGGAAGGGGCGAGUGCUAAGCCAAUGAGUCUUGCAGACAUCACCAUGGGGGUGAAUUCGGUGGAGGUGCUAUCUGACCUGCUGUCAGCCGCGCCCAAGGACAACCCUGCCUCGGUGCUCGGGGACGAAUUGGUGCAACAGCUGGUGGGAGAGUGCCGGGGGCUGGAGGGGCGCCUAGAGGCUACCAUCAACUCCACAUCUGACGAGCACCUGCUGAGGUCGGCUUUAGCGCUCAACGACGAGGUGCAGGCAGUCAUGAAGCGGCACAGCCAGCUACAGGGGGCAUCUGCUCCUGUCCCGCCUGCAGCAGCAGCAGCAGGGGGAGGGGGAGGGGGAGGGGUGCAGUGGUCGCAGUACGAUGGGGAGGGCGACACUGACAGCGAGCCCAGUAUUCAGCUCGACAGGCACGGUGCGCCAUCAGCUCCCCCAGCCUCCUCCAUCCGCUCCUCAGGUUCCCCCUUCCCCUCCCCCAGCGCUCCCCUCGCCUCCCCCCUGCUCCCCCUUCCCCCUGAGUGGAAACGCUCUGCUACGCCUCAUGCCCCCGCUGUUGCUGCUGCUGCUGCUGGGACUGCUGCUGCUUCCCCCGCUGCUGCUGGUGCUUCUGAUGCUGCUGCCGAUACCGGGGCAAUAGGAGCACCUGCAGCAGCUGCUGCAGUGGCAGCAGUUGCAGCAGGAGCAGCGGCAGCGGCAGCAGCAGGGGGGCAGCAGGGGGAGCAGGGGGAGGAACAGGGGGAGGAGCAGCACCCCCCCAUCACCACCCGCCCUAUGGUUCUGCCCCUGACUUGCCAGCCAUGACCGCCCAAAUGAGCCACAUGGCCCUCUCCCAAGCCUCCCCAAACGCACACCCCCACCCACAUUCCGAACCUGCCUCUCGGGAUGUGUCCCCUUACCCGGCUUCCCAAGCCUGGGAAGCAGGUCUGGGCAUUCCUCCUCCUCCUGCUGCUGCUGCUGCCUAUCGCUCUGUCACUGAUAUGCUUCUUGCUGAGCUGUCGCCGUCCAAUCCGUUUGCACCAAGUGUGCAAGCGUCCACUGCAGGAAAUGCUGACUCAUCAUCAACUCCACCAGCAGCAGCAGCAGCAGCAUCAACAGGAGAGUCAGCAGCACCACCACCAGCAGCCGCUCGUGCGUUAGACUUUGGCUCUAGCCCUGCUGUUGCUGGUCCGGAUGCUGCUCCUAACGCUGCUUCUGGUGCUAGUUCUGCUGCUGCUGAUGCUCCUACUCUUUCCAUAGGCUCGGCCCCUAACCCCUUUGGCCCUGUCCCUCCCUCUUUCCCCACUGAGCCCUCUCCCUUUGACUCUGAACCCUCCUUCCAAGCCCUUCCAUAUAAUUCCUCUACCGCCCCCUCCCCUUCCCCUGCUCCCUCCUCCGCCCCAUCCCCCUACGGCCCCCAAGCCACCCACCCGUCGCCCCACGCUUACACCUCUCCGUACACUCACACCACGUUACAGUCCCAGCCCCCCUCCACCUCAUCCACUCCUGCUGCUGCUGCUGCUGCCUCUGCUCCCGGCUCCGCCCCUCCCCGCCUCCCUUCCUUCCCUGGAGCUCACUCACCCACCGAUCCCUUAGGGGGUUCAGGCUCUGUUGCUGCUGGUGGGGGAGGCUUGACUGGUGUAGGUGCGUCUGGCUUCCCUGCUUCUGCCUCUCACCCUUCCUCUGCUGCGCCUAGCUACCAGCCCCAGCCUGGUCAGAUGUACCCUCCCCAGUAUAACCCAAACCAGCAAUCCUGGCAGCAGCAGCUUUCACAGCAGCAGCACCAGCAGCAGCAACAGCAGCAACAGCACCAGCAGCAGUAUCCACCUCCACUCUACCCCCAGAUGCCAGGUCAGCAGCAGCAACAGGGUUACCAGCAAUACCAGCAACCACCCUGGCAGCAGCAGCAGCAGCUGCAGUACCAACAGAAUCAGCAGUACCAGCAGCAGCAACAUCCAAUGGGGGGAAUGGGGGGGAUGGGGGGAAUGGGGGGAGUGAGUGGGGACACCCCUCCGCCCUACCCCAUCACCACCCCAUCCUACCCUCCCCUUGGUCCCACUCAGAAUUUCUCCCCUCUCGCCCUCCCCUCUCCAGCCGUCUCCAACGCCAUGCCGCAUGCUGCUGCUGUGGCAGCAGGAGCAGGGGGGACGGGCAUGGGCACAGGCAUGGGUAUGGGUAUGGGCAUGGGCAUGGGUAUGGGUAUGGGUACGGGUAUGGGUAUGGGUAUGGGCAUGGGCAACGCUUACCCAUCCGUCUCCCCUACGAAGCCUCUUGCUGGUUCGGCAGGAGGUCUGGGAGGAGGUUCGGCAGGAGGCAUGGGAGGCACCAGCAGCAGCUUUGGCAGCAGUGCUGGGAUGCAGCAGCAGCAGCAGCAGCAGCAGCAGCAGGCGCUGGGCCCUGCUGGGUUGACGCGGCAGCAGCUGGCACGAAACGAGGACCCCAUGCUGACCACGUCCAUGUUUGCGGAUCUCAAGGAUAUCAACGCCUCUCUCGUGCGCGAUAUCAGCUCUGCGAAAGGAGGGGUAGGUAGGGGUGGAGGAGGGGUUGCUGGUGGUGCAAGUGCUUCUGGUGGGAGGUAGCAGCAGCCGCGGUAGGAACUUAGGUAGCAGUGGCAGCAGCAGCAGGCAGCAGCUGGUGUGGAACGAGGAGGACCCCAUGCUGACCACGUCCAUGUUUGCGGAUCUCAAGGAUAUCAAUGCCUCUCUCGUUCGCAACAUUAGCUCUGCAAAGGGGGAGGGGUGGGUAGAGGUGGUGCCAGCGCUGGUGCAGCUGGUGGGAGGUAACAGCUUAGGCAGGCGCUUUCGUUUGCAGCAGCAGCAGCACCAGUAGCAGCAGCAGGCAUCAGCAGCAGCAGCUUGCUGGUGUUGCUGCUGCUGCUGGUACCAGCUCUGGUAGCGGUGCUGCUGGCGGUGGUAUGGGAAAGAGUCCAUGGGUUAUGGGGCUCCUCCCACUACAAUGGGUGAGGCAACCGGACGUUGACUGGAUUGCGUCACGUGCUGCCAAGAGCCUAUUCAGUGUUGAGCAGCUUCCAUGGGCAUGUAACGCUCACUAGCUGUCCUUUCGUUGUGUGGCAUGCUUGCCAGUGAUGUGUGUUGGGGCACACUAUGGGUGUAGUUUAUAUUUAGAUUGUCCGUAACGCUCUUGUAGACUAAUGGUGUGAGAUGUCAUACUCCGUAUUGUAAUUGUUGGGCUGAGAAAAGCCCUUGGGAUCUUUUGCAGAGACUAAGUCCCAGCUGUAAAGACUUGAGACUUGGGGUAGUGCAGCGGAAGUUGAG